AUGUUCUGCCCCUCGUUGGUUUAUGUUUUCCCCCUUUUGUUAUUGUUAUCCAGCGCCAUCGCCAAUGAUAUCAUUUACGUAACCGAUACUCGCAACAUCAAAGAACUCGAGGAGAUCAAACAAAUUCCCGCCACACCGCAGCAGCCCUUGACGGUAUACGACGAUUACGUGACAGCAAAAGCAGAAUUUAGAAAGGUGCAUAGCAGCGGGGACUGGCGCAGGGCCAGUGUGCCUUUCUGGACGUAUUACAUCCCCAAAACGAUGCUUCAGCAGCACCUCGUGUCUACCGGAAACCACAAAUUUUCUAUCUCUGUCCCCAUCUCGGAAAAGUAUAUCAUUGCAUGGGAUCGUGAGAACACAAUCGGCGAAACAGUCAGCCAGGAGCGACCCAAACACCCUUUUUCAAUCGAUGAGAAUGGCAGGGCAACGUUCAACAAUCCCGCGCACAAGCCCCAGUACAGAUACAAGGUCGAGACGUUGAGGGCGACUCCGAGAAAGCCUGGCGAGUCUUUGGUGCUUUGA